AGCAAAUCCCUCCAGUGGUCACAACUUUUCUGAACCAUCCUUCGAAAAGCCUCAUCAUCACCACUCCUCUUCUCAUCAUCAACAAUCCUCCGACAGCGCCAGCGCUAUCGACAUUGCUGAGCAUCAAUACCGGUCCAAGUUCCAGCCCGCCUACCACAACGAAGGUCACGUAGUCGGUUCCACCGUCGACGUCGCUAGCUACCGUCCCAGCCACAAGGAGUCCACCCACGUCGACGACACUACUGUCGACUUCCCUGCACUCCCUGCACCCCCUAGAUCCACUUCUUACAAGGAGAAGAUCGUUGUCGACGAGACUACCGUCGACUUCCCCACCUACCGUCCGGCUCAUAAGAAGGCACCCAGCCUCUACAGCGAGUCUACUGUCGACAUCCAAGAAAACGAACUUUCUCUAGUCAAAGUUUCCAACAACAACAACACAUCUUCCAAAAUGGGCUACUACGACGACGACGCUCACGGCCACGUUGAGGCUGAUGCCGCGCCCCGUGCCACCACCGGCACUGGCACCGGCUCUGCUUCCCAGACUGUCACCAUCCCCUGCCACCACAUCCGCCUCGGCGAUAUCCUCAUCCUCCAGGGCCGCCCUUGCCAGGUCAUCCGCAUCUCCACCUCCGCUGCCACUGGCCAGCACCGUUACCUCGGUGUCGACCUCUUCACCAAGCAGCUCCAUGAGGAGUCCAGCUUCGUCUCCAACCCUGCCCCCAGCGUCGUCGUCCAGACCAUGCUCGGCCCCGUCUUCAAGCAGUACCGUGUCCUCGACAUGCAGGAUGGCUCCAUCGUCGCCAUGACCGAGACUGGCGAUGUCAAGCAGAACCUCCCCGUCAUUGACCAGAGCUCUCUCUGGAACCGUCUCCAGAAGGCUUUCGAGUCUGGCCGCGGCUCCGUCCGUGUCCUCGUCGUCUCCGACCACGGUCGCGAGAUGGCCGUCGACAUGAAGGUCGUCCACGGUUCCCGCCUCUAAAUCGAGGGUUCCGUCAUCCGUUCAAUAAUAUGACUUUCCCCCUUCCUGGAAUCGGACACACGACACACACGGUUGGGUUAAUAAGGGCUGCUUGGAUGUUAUGAUAUGGUCUCUCUGAUGCUGGGUCUGAUUUUUUGCGCGCGUCUAGAAGAUGGGUUGGAUAAUUUGUACUGGUAGUAUGCUCCCUCCCCAUCCAUGUAUAUGAAAAUUGUAAUGGAAGGAGUCGUCAGUAAUACAACCUUAAAAAACUCGCUUCGUCUUGUUCCAAUUGAUUGUGUGUGAACAGCAUUUGCAUGAAAGUGACUGCAUUCUUCUGGUGCUAAAGGUCAGUUCACAUCUUGUUGACAGCUUGAUCUCGCUUGAGGUGUCGAACAAUCAUAGUGCAUCAGACUAGCGACGUCCUCGACUUCUGAUUGGUAGGAUUCGAAGAUCAUCGUCCUGACCAAUCGUGUCUUGUCUCUUUUUCUGUAAGUCGAACUGUCGAUGUACUAGUAUACAUAGUCAACAAGAGUCAAUACACGCCAACCAAUGAGAGAGCCAAUCCACGUCAACGAAUAGGAGAGCCAAAAGUCUCGAUGGUGAGUGG